AUGAGUAGUAGUGGAAAAAAUGAAAAGAAAAAAAGGCAUAAAGAUCACAAAAGAAAUGUGGAUAAUAAUUAUAAUGAAAGAAUAAAAAGAGAGAAAAAGGAAGAGUUUGGUUCCUCAUCGUCUUAUUCAACAGACUAUGUUAAUAAAAGAAAGAGGAUGAGGACCCCGUCUUCAUCUUAUGAUAGUAGUUUAGAAAUAAGAAAACGUGAGGAAAAAAAGAAAAGAAGAAAUAAUUCUUAUCCUUCAUCCAAUAGUUAUAAUAGUAAUACAGAAAAUGAUUCGAAUUAUAGGAAAGAAAAAAUAAAAAAGAAAAAAGAUGAAAAAGAACUAAAGGUUAAAGUUGCAAGUCAUAUAAGAAAAGAUAAUAAUAAAAUUCCAGAUGGAAGUAUGUCUUCUACGCAUUCAAGUAAAGAUAAGGUAAAAGGAAAAAAAAAUAAAAAAUAUUCUUAUGAGGAAUCUAAUUCAAUUAGUAGUGAUAAAUAUAAUAAUAAAGAAAAAAAGGGUAGUUCAAAGCGUUCCAGGGAAAAAAAGAAGGAAUGGAGUUCAUCAGAUAAUUCAAGUGUGUAUAACAUGAAAAGAAAUAAAAAGGAUAAAAGAAAAGGGUCUUAUGAAGGUAAAAAUGUGUAUAUAAGGAGAAGUGUUAGUAGUAGGAGUGUCAGCAGUGAUAGUAAUAAAAGUGAAAGUAAUAAAAUUGAAAGUAAUGAAAGUGUUAGUAGUAGGAGUGUCAGCAGUGAAAGUAAUAAAAGUGAAAGUAAUAAAAGUGAAAGUAAUAAAAGUGAAAGUAAUGAAAGUGAAAGUAAUAAAAGUGAAAGUAAUGAAAGUGAAAGUAAUAAAAGUGAAAGUAAUAAAAGUGAAAGUAAUAAAAGUGAAAGUAAUGAAAGUGAAAGUAAUAAAAGUGAAAGUAAUGAAAGUGAAAGUAAUGAAAGUUAUAGUAAAAAAAGUAUAAGUAACAAAAAGUAUAAGAACAAAAGAUAUAAGAACAAAAGAGAUAAGAACAAAAGAUAUAAGAACAAAAGAUAUAAGAGCAAAAGAUAUAAGAGCAAAAGUAAGAGUUCCUUAAGUAGUUGUGAUGAAAAGAAGAAAAAAGGAUAUGAGGAAUUCGAAGAAGAUGAUAAAAAUACUGAGGAAACAUUAGAAAUUAACGAAGAUUUAAUUGAAUAUGCAAAACAAAAGAUUUCUAAUGUUACAAUUGACGAUAUAGGAAAAGCUGGUGGUGUUUAUAUUCCUCCAUUUAAGUUGGAAAGAUUAAAAACUGAGGUUACAAAUAAGAAAAGUGUUUUAUAUCAAAAACAAGAAUGGAUGAAAUUAAAAAAGAAAAUAAAUAAUAUUGUAAAUAAAGUAAAUAUAGAUAAUAUAAGUGAAGUAUGUUAUGAAUUAUUUGAAUGUAAUUUAAUACGUGGGAAAGGAUUAUUUAGUCGUGCCUUAAUACAUGCACAAUUAAGUUCUCCAGCAUUUACAAAUGUAUUUACAUGUUUAUUAUGUAUAGUAAAUUCUAAAUUUCCUAAUAUUGGUUUAUUAACAAUACAAAGGAUAAUAUUGCAUUUUAGAAGAGCAUAUAAAAGGAAUGAUAAAAUAUUAUGUUUUAAUACUGUUAAAUUUAUAGCACAUAUGAUUAAUCAAAGAAUAGUACACGAAAUUGUAGGUUUACAAUUAUGCUCUUUACUUUUACAAAAUAUAACGAAUGAUUCGGUUCAAGUAUGUACAUACUUUUUAGCAGAGGUUGGAGAAUUAUAUACUAAUAUUUGUAGAAAGGGGUUAGAUAUCAUUUUUGAUAGACUCAAAGAUAUUAUUCAAGAGGGACAAAUUAAUAUAAAAACUCAAUAUGAUAUUGAAAAAUUAUGGAAUUAUAGAAAAAAUAAUUUUAAAGAUUUCCCAUCGGUUCAUGAUGAUUUAAAUUUAAUUGAUGAAGAGGAUAAAAUAGUACAUGAGAUUGAUAUAUUGGAUGAGAGUUUUAAUAGUCAGGAAGAAUUAAAUAUAUUUAGAGAAGUUCCUUAUGAACAAUAUGAAGAAGAGGAAAAUGAAUGGAAACAUAUAUCGGAAGAAUUGUUAUUUGGAGACGAUUCAGCAGAUGAGAAAAAAAACAAAAAAACAAAAAAACAAAAAAAAAAAGAAAAAAAUGAAAGCGAAAGGGAAAACGAAAGUGAAAACGAAAGUGAAAGUGAAAAAUUAGGUAAUGAUGAUUUAGACGAAAAUAAUAAUAGCAGUGAAGAUAGUGAAGCCGAAAAAAGUGAUAGUAAUGAUGACGAUGAGGAUGAAAAUAAUGAUAGCGACAAUCAUGAAGAAAUACAUGAUAUGACUGAACAAUAUUUAAUAAAUUUAAGAAAAAAUGUAUAUUUAUCAAUAAUGUCAUCAUUAAGUUAUGAAGAAUGUGUUCAUAAAUUAUUAAAAUUAAAUAUUAAAAAAGGAUAUGAAAUAGAAAUAUGUAAUAUGUUAAUAGAUUGCUGUUGUAUGGAAAAAACAUUUCAAAAGUUUUAUGCCUUACAAGCAGAAAGAUUAUGUAAAUUAAAAAAAAUUUAUCAAGAAAAUUUCGAAAAGUGUUUUGAUAACUCAUUUAAUACAGCUCAUAGAUUGGAAACAGCUAAAUUAAGAAACUGCUCAAAAUUUUUUGCACAUUUAUUAUAUACUGAUGCAAUAUCUUGGAGUAUUUUUAAAAUUAUUAAAUUAACAGAAGAAGACACAACAUCAUCAACAAGAAUAUUUAUUAAAAUCUUGUUACAAGAAUUAACAAAUAAUUUAGGACUACAAGCAUUUUAUCAUAAAAUAAAUCACCCAGCUAUAUCGCCAUUUUUAAUAGGAUUAUUUCCUACAAAUAAUGCACAAAAUAUAAGAUUCUGUAUUAACUUCUUUACAGCCAUAGGUUUAGGGGCCUUAACAUCAUCAUUGAGGAAAUUAUUGUUAACCUAA